GCUUUGAACUUUUCAGCACAAAACGUACCAAAUCAUGCGUUCACCUUGCAAUGUUACUAGACAUUUGGUUUUAACCACGCCGAUUACCAUUGAUAUAAAUUAUUAAAUAACUUGUGCGAGUCGUCAGUCGCAUACAGUCGCAUACAACAGACAUUUCAAAGUGUCACGCUGGGUUUCUAGGUCAGUUCUACCAUACUCCUGUAAGAUUUCAAUGUUAUUUCGCGACAUUAUGAUCUCAAUCUGCCCAAUGCCAGCUUUAACUAGAAGGUUUUCAUCGAGAUGGAUGCCUAUCAAUUUUGUAUGGUCGACAUUAGUGUGAUAACCAGUUGACCUACUUUGAUGACAAAAACAGUUAACUUUGCGAGGCUAAUUUGCAGAAACUAAUUUUAUGAUACAAGCAGCACCAUCUGACACCAAUUCCUGUAUGUACAUAAUCAUAGUACUAACUGGAACUAACACAGUGGCAGCUCAGAUGCGGGUUGGUCGAGGAACAACCUGUGUUGGUUGGAGUUUCGGUUAGUAUUUGUAACCAUGGCUACACGGCGAAGCAUGGCCGCUCGAUUAACAGUUUGCAAGCGAGCGUUGCGCAGAAAGGUAGUCAAGUACGUGGAAUGCUGGUGAUUCGCGUUGCGAACUUCUUCGUAACCGUGGGCACCCUUCCUGGCACUUCCGGUUUAGCAACUACGCACAAAAUAGCAUCGAUAAAUCCUUAUCACUGGAGUUCCUGGUAAAACCAUUCGCAGACGAAUGUGUUAUUCUUCCUCAAUAGAAUAAUUAUUUCAAAUAAUAUAGAACAGGGUCUUCAAAAUAGAGGAGAUUUCAAGUAGAGGAGGCGCGAAUCCAAGGCAGGUGUGAAAGAACAUUUUCCACCUGGAGAAAUAUGAAUAACACAAACAUUCGAUUAACUUUAAUAACUGAUAUUCAUUAAUUUUAUUAAUCUUGGUAAAACAUCUUUGAGCAAGUUUUGGAAGCCUCCGAUAUGGAACAAUUUUAUUCUUCUUGGAAACAUUAUUUUUCCUUUUCCUAGUGUUUUAAUGACACUUGGCAUACGUUUUUCAAUACGUCAUUUCUUGGGUUGCGAGACUGGAGAAAAUCUAUACCCUCGCAUGUCUGACUGGCCUGCGGAGAUUGGCUGCAUGCGAGCGUUAAGAAAAUGCUAAUCUUGACCAGGCCACUCGGCGGUGUUCUUGUGCUGUAGGACAAAGUCAUUUGUUAAACCUUUCGGGACAUAACUGGGUUAUCGUAUGGUCGUUUGAAACGGUUGAUGGACUAUCGUUUUACGUCAUACGAUGCUAAACGUCUAAGAAAGUCGUGUCGUACUUGGCACGCUGUAUUAGAAAUACAGGGUAUUAGAUAUAUAACCCUGUCCUAAGAAGAUGGCCUCUGGCGACAUUCACGAAUUACGUUACUCCUUCAAAACUCUCGAUCAAAGGACAAUUUUAUCUCAUCGUAUAAUCUCAGACUACUGUCUUUUGUAGGAUUAAUGAAUAAAGGCCAUCCUCUUGGAGUAAGGCUAUUAAAAAAAAAAAAAAAAAAAAAGUACUUCAUUUCAGGAAAGUUCAUACGACUGGAGUAAAGUUCGAAUGCGCUACAAUUUGAGUAAUUGCUCGCAAUGUAAAAGGCGAAGAGUCCACGUGUCUUUAGCAGAAUCCGCCGAUCGAUGAAAUAAGUAGCGUUAUCAUUUUGAAGAAACUGAAAUUAAGCUAUCAACAUGCAUAUCCCAGUGACCAGCAGGUUCCGUGGUAUACGCGGGCACCCCUAUUGUGCUUUUUUAUAUUUUACGAACGGUAUUACAGCGUUACCCAGUCGAUGGCUUUAACGUUAGCGACAAGAUUAAACUUUUACCCUGAACCUUUGACGAACCUAUAGAAAGUUUAAGUACAGCUAUACUUUUAUCGAUCUUGCACCGAUACGCAGGGUGGCCAACCCGUCGAUGUCGACAAAAUAUAUUCCGAGAUCGUACAAACAUGAUAGUCUAUCCAUUAACGAUGCCGUUUAUUACCUAUGCGAUCGAAUAGAAAUUAAUUGUUUCAUAGUUUAACUGUACAUGUUGGUUAUUCGGUAUGUUUUAUUGAAAAGAAAUGUUACAGCUCGAUUCUGACGAUAAGGCCAAUGGCCCACGAGGAAAGGUCGUUCAAGGACAGACAAAGUCCAAAGCAGAAUCGAUCUGAAUUGUUGUAACAAUUUGAUGUUUUUACUGGUCGUUGGUCUAUAGACUAGGGUCAUGGUGUAACGACAAUAAGACUUGGAUUUAACUCACUCUAGAUUGUUUUGUUUCUUCAUUUAGAUUUUUAGAUUAUGCUUUCAUUAGCGAUUUAUAGAACUCGUGAAAGGUCUAUGAAACCGAACCUAGGGUUGACAAAAGUGUUAUUUAGAGGAUACAGUACAUGUUUGACUAUUUUUGAAAGAAUGAAGGCAAUCCAUCAUGGCCCACCAAAGUAAACUAUUGGCACCAAUCGAUAUCUUGUAAAUUAACCAGAAAAGGUCAUCGCGCAUUCCGUAUUAAUGGCCACACGUAGACGAGCCGAUGUUGCAUGAUCAAAACAAUCAAACGCACAUUCACGUGUGCCGUGGUCAGAAAUAGUAGAAUACGGUGUUGAUAUAAUGCAGGAGCAGCAUCCUGAUAAAACGAUCCAGCUGACAAGCCGAAGCUAUUCCGACCGUUUUCACUAAACCUAGCGCAAAUGACGAUGAAUCGAUACAUAACGCUGAAUCAAUUAGGCGAUGGAACUUUCGGUUCCGUCGUACUUGGAGAACGAAUCGACACGGGGGAGAAGGUUGCUAUAAAACGAAUGAAGAGGAAAUACUAUUCCUGGGAGGAAGCCAUGAAUCUGCGCGAGGUGAAAUCUUUGAAAAAACUCAGUCAUGCGAACGUGGUGAAAUUGAAGGAAGUGAUACGGGAGAACGACGUGCUCUACUUUGUCUUCGAGUACAUGAAAGAAAAUCUGUAUCAGUUGAUGAAGGAUAGGGACAAGCUCUUCCCAGAGUCGGUAAUCCGAAACAUAGUGUACCAAGUGUUACAAGGUCUAGCUUUCAUGCAUAAACAUGGGUUCUUUCAUCGCGACAUGAAACCUGAAAAUCUGUUAUGCAUGGGACCAGAAUUGGUGAAGAUUGCUGAUUUCGGAUUAGCCAGGGAAAUACGGUCAAGGCCACCCUACACGGACUACGUAUCUACUCGAUGGUACAGAGCUCCAGAAGUGUUGCUCCAUUCAACGACCUACAACAGUCCAAUCGACAUUUGGGCCGUGGGGUGCAUUAUGGCAGAAUUAUACACGUUUCGACCACUGUUCCCUGGCAAAAGCGAAAUCGACGAGAUCUUUAAAAUAUGCUCUGUAAUUGGCACUCCAGAAAAGGACGAUUGGCCUGAGGGAUAUCAGUUAGCUGCCGCCAUGAACUUCAAGUUUCCUAACUUCACUCGGACAUCGUUGAAUAUUCUAAUACCGAACGCUAGCCAGGAAGCUGUGGUGUUCAUGGAGGACAUGCUCCAGUGGAACCCUAUAAAAAGACCCACAGCUCAGCAGUCUCUGAGGUACCCAUAUUUUCAAGUGAGCGGUCCGCGUGUGAUCAACAGUAAAAAGAUUGGCGUCGCGUCUCAGCGAGAUCUAGUUCUGAACAAAGUGAAUCUUCCACAUCCUGUCUCGAAACAGUACAACUAUUCCCAAGACAUUUUCGACAACUCGCUGGAAACCAGCAGAGCGCAAGAGAAUAUAGUGCAGACGCAGCAGCAACAACAACAACAACAACAACAACAACAACAACAACAACAGCAGCAGCAGCAGCAGCAGCAGCAACAGCAACAGCAACAGCAACAGUUGAUGCUGCCUCUACUGAAUCAUAACAAUUACGUGCGCAAAAGUAAUCCCCCGAAGUGGGACGAGGACGAUUUUGCCGAGCUUCUGGGAAGCAAGAUCGUUCCCGAGAACGUGAACGUAAAGCUUGCCCCCGAACGAGUGUACAAAGAGAACCGUGCCAAUUGGAACGCCAAUUAUUUACCAGACAAUCCGAAGCAGAGCAACGGGAACUGGACGCUGCCAGCAUGGAACGAAUCUGCUCCAAUGCACUGGAAUCAGUCGCAAUCGAAUUACAAGAACGGUCGAAAAGCUUCAGCGAAACAGCACUACCUCAGCGUCGCUCGGUACGUCGCUGGGCCGAAUACAAGCUUGUCGUCCAGAAACGGUGACUUCGACUCGAACCAACCUAGGUUAAUGCGGAACUUAGUUGGGCAGUCAUUGGAGAAGUACGAGGAAUUCACAGACUCCUUUUGGGUGCCCAGGAACUCUAUCGAAACUCAAACGAAGCAGUUCUACCUUCCGAGAAAUCGUUACAUUACAGACCAGACCUUGAGGUUGCCUUAUCCCAGCGUUUACGGUACGCAAAGUAUUAAAGCUACGAACAAAGCAACGCUUCAACCAGGUAUUUACGGAAACGUGAUGAACGCAAAAGGUAGCGGAAGCCUUCACGGUCGAACAGAUUGGGCUGCUAAGUAUCUAAAAUGACUGUUUUAAAACUGUUACAUAUUGUUCUUAGUCUAUUCAUUUUCUUAAGGUAACUACAACUGUGAUAGAAUGAUAUUUAUCACUUAAUUGCAUUAUAAAGAAGACAUAGCAAAUGGAAUCUUAAAAAACGAUUCGAAUGCUAACAAUAAGAUGAAAGAAUUAAUUUACUAAUUUAAUAAUCGAAUAAGGUAUAUUAAUUAUAAUAAUAUACAUAUACAUAUAUAUAUAUGUAUGUGUGUAGAGAGAGAUAUAUAUAUACAUAUUUAUUAUUUGUACAUAUUGAUUAAUUGCGAUAUGGAGUAACUUCUGAUUAACGUUAAGAUCAAUUAUAUUCACCCUUCUUUUUAUAAUCGAUUGUAGUUUUUUUAUUGUGUGCAUAUCAAGGUCUGUCCAGAUAAUUACUCCAUGUCACGUCAGAUAUAAUGUUCAAGGAUAGUACACUAUGAUGAAAAAUACGAUACAAAACAAAACAAUUUUUCAUAUUUUCUACACACAAUCUUUAAGAAGCAUACUUAUACUGUACAUUCAUAAUCAUAUACCUCACUCAUUUCGUUAACUACCGUAACUUUAGUUGUCUUACAAAUGAAUAUUUUUAAUACGUUUCCCUUUGUAAUAAGUUUUACCCUUGAAGUAUUUUUUUUUUAUAUAGUUUUGAUAGGUAUAUUUCGGAAUUUAUAUGUUUACGAUAUAAGUUAAAAGUAAUAAAAAAUAUACUACUAUUGCGUAAUAAAUGUUCACUGAAGUAUAUCCUCCCUGUGAUGUUGCUGUAAAAUUAGAUUGUUUCAUAAAAAUAUUUCGCAAAGGAACGUGUCGUGAAAAAAUCUGUUUGAAAAUGAUCUCUACUCGUAAGAAUUUGUACAUAUCAGCUCCCAAAUUCCUAAAUUCUGACAUCGCAUUCUUAAAUUUGUUAAAAAACUUGUUCAAAGUCUUCGAUAUGGAUAUGUGAAAGUAAGGUACCUAACAGAUGGAGUCGAGUCGUCCCUCCUCCCAUCUUUCAUUAUCGCUUUUAACGUGGUAUCGACAUUUACGUAUGCUAGAAAUAUUGUACGAAACAACCACCAUACUAGAAUUAACUGUCAUACUGUCGAUGAAGAACAAACUGAAAAUUGAUAUGAUUAAUUUGCGUUAUUUCAUGUUUGAUGUAUGUAUUAGGCAAGAAAUCUAUGCAGUUCUUGCGUGAUUCGUCUAAACGACCUCUAAGUUUUCUUUAAAUAUACGAAAUAUAUCUGUAAGCUGUUUGGAUGGGUGGUAUAUUGUUAAUAUAUUACGCAUAUACAUUUAUCCAUUAAUGUAAGACGAUUUUAUACUUGAAGUAAUCCAUCGG